AGUAGAUGAUUGGAAACAGAGUUCCAGGCAGCAAUGCCAACCAACAACAACCAUCAUCAGAAGACACGGACGUGGCCAUGCCCAUGAGUGUCUCACUCCCUAUUUGGAAACGAUUGCCUUCCAACAUGAUCAGUUUUGGGGCUGCCGAAAUACUGACCAUUUCGGAAAUUGGUCGUCAUGGAGGGCUCUAUUCCAUUGCCAACAGGCCUAUUCGUACUACGGGAGUUCUACGUCAUCGAAUUCAUCACGGGAAUAGUACAGAAGUUUCCUUGGUACUGGAGGAUCCGUUGGCCAAACUGGCCGUCAAGGAACGAGGAGGACUCCAAACACCCGCCACCACCAAUCGCAAAAAGAUGAAGGGACGACGCAUCAGUUUUGGACCUACCAGGACCACUUCUUUGAUUGCCAAAACUCCCGGCACGGUUGCUAAAACUCCCAGUACAACAGUUGUUACCACCCAACCGCCACAAUCUACUUCUACUUCUAAUCGAAGACCCAGCUUGGGCAUGCCACGCCACAACCGAACACCGCUGUUGGUCACUCCAGGUGGUCUCAAAACUCCGGCGGCUUCCCGCUCAUUUCAAACUCCGGCUGCUUCCCGCUCAUUCCAGACCCCUGGAGGAGGCUUGUCGUCAAAUCGCAAAAAACGACCGCUGUCCUCUGUCACCAAACAACGGCCCCAAGAUGUUUUGGCCACAGCCUUGACUUCUUGUACCGUGUGGAUAGUGGUGGACCCGCAACAUGUCCCCGUGGACAAUCUGGCCGUGGGAGAUUUGGUGACGGUAUUUGGGAGUAUCAUCCAACUGCAGUCCGGCAAUGAGGACAAUAACACUUCAGAAGUACCUCUUUCGUCAUUUGUCCGAGAAGUGGCAACCAAUCUACUACAAGCCAACAAACCACCACAAAACAAUGAUGCUUCUGACAAGGACAAUGCGUGUCUUUUUGUGCAGGCUCGAAUACUACGUCAAGACAAUGGAGCCAAUCCACGGUUGCAUUUGGAAGCGUUGAAACUACGGCGGAGACAUCUCCUGGAGACCUAUCACUCGUCGUCGUCUCAAAAACAACAACUACAACCAGGCGAAUUGCUGCUGGGAUGUGGUCCACCUCCGUACAAUAAUUUGAGGACCCAACCGCAAGAAGAGGGUGACGAAAUGACGAUAUGAAGAUCAACUCUCUUGCUGAUGGUUGGGUACGAGCCUUAUUUGAAGCAAACCCAGACUGCCUCUGGAACAGCUAGAUUUUGUGACUUGCCUUUCGUAUAGUUUAUCAAAUGCAAGUUAGAGUGGUAAAUAUCAAAUUUUGACAGAGUCGACCCACCAUGCCACAGUUCUG